UUUACACUGUACAGUUUUAAGGGAAAAAUGCGGGGUAAAUAAUUAAUAAAAAAAAUUAAUUAACAAUUAUAACUUCCCGUCUGAUCUCAUUAAUAAUUCGGUACAUUUUUGAAAAAAUCGAUUUUCUUACAAUAAAGUGGAAAUUAAAAAUCGGUCCUAAUUGUCGGGAGCGCAAUUAAAAAUUUUAGAAUCGUCCCACAUGCAGAUUGUUUUUUUAAUUGCGUAUUGUCCGCAUCGCGAACAAAACUGACGGCUUAACAAAUUAUCGCAGUCAAUUCGAUACGGCAAACAACUCGCUCAAACCGACACCAACAUGAAAUUCUUAAGUUUAGCCCUUCUCGUCGUCCUCGCCUGUGGAAGUGCCCUUGCCGGAGGAAAAACACAUUGCAAGAGUUGCAUCACCAUAGCCGACGUAGGAAAACAGAUCUUAUCAGCAGGAAUAUCCGCUGAGCAUGUGGAGGAUUUGGCCAAUAUGUUCUGUGGGGCAUUCUUCAGUUGGGUGCCCGACAUGGCCAAAGAUUUCUGCCCGAAAUCCAUUAUAUUAGCACACAAUAAAGCCUAUGAAGAAAUCGUGAUCAACGACAGGAAACCGAAGGAAAUCUGUUCGUUAGAGCAAAUCCAGGCAAUAGGAAAAUUCGCCUGCAAAAUGGUGCCCGCAUUUAUACAGAACUUCUGUCCGGCCGUUGUCACCGUGGUGCAUCAGAAUUUGGUGGAGGAAAUCGUGAACAAAAACCGCACGCCGAAAGACGUUUGUGAGGAAGAUGAACUCGAAAUGUUGACUGAAGCUGUUUGCUCUUUAGUGCCUCCAAUCUUCGGAGCCUACUGUUCUAUGACCAUAGAAAGCAUUUUGGAACACUUAAACGACAUAUUUUUAAGACAGAAAAGAACGCCAGAACAAGACGAGUUAGAAGGUGCAACUGAGUUCUUUUGUGCGAUGGUUCCGAAUCAUAUUAGGAACUUCUGCUAUCCAGCAGCGGGACCUAUGUAUCAAACAUUGCGAAACGUGUAUAAAGAAAACAAAGAAAAGUCAUCGGAAGCGAUUUGUCGAUCAUUUAACUUGUGUUAAUUAUAAAUAAAUCGAUUAAUUCUAUCUAUUCACUAUUCUCAAAAACUAAAUUAACAACAUUUUGCUGCAUGGUUACAACCGAAAAUAAUAUUUCUUUUAGUAAUUCUAGAAAUAUACAGAAUGAUUAUAAUAGUAUUGAUCCAUUUAUUUCGUAGAAUAUCUAUGAUAAUUUUUGUCUAAUCCGCUGAAAGUCCACGUCUUUUAUUCGGUAGCUAAUCUAUAUCUAUGAAGUUUAAAUCAGAUUAAAUUAAUUAUAAAGAUAAGUUCCCAGUCGUACAUUUAUAUAAAUAAAGGAUUAAGUCGUACAUUUUAAAGUUAAUACUAAAAUAAAUACAUUAAACCUAACAAGAAUAAAACAUCUAAGCGAUAUUAUAAAUAAAUCAAAUAGCUAUCAGUUCCAAUUUUAUCGAUUCUAAUUCCAUAAAAAUUUAUAACAUAACGAUUAAUGCA